UCAUCUUCAAUGCUAGCGGCUCGAAGCCGUGAGAGGGAGUAUUUUUUCCCCGCCGACGAUUUGAUUAUCUUUAAAUAAUAAACAGAUUUUUGUUCUUUAGAAAAUACGUUUGUUAUUUAAGGAUAAUUAAAAGCUCCGUAGUUAAUCGGAGCGCCAGGGGUUGUGUAUUUUAUUUCCGAUCCGGAGAAUCAGCGAGGUUUGUUGCUCCGCCAUGCCGCCGGUGCAGAUUUCUCAGCCCGAGGCCAACAACAAGGCCGAUGAGCAGAAGGAAGAAUCUCCGGCCACUAAGUCCAUCGUGGGGAUCAUAUACCCUCCUCCUGAAGUGCGCAACAUCGUGGACAAGACCGCCAGCUUCGUAGCGAGGAACGGGCCCGAGUUUGAAGCGAGGAUUCGUCAGAACGAGAUCAACAACCCCAAGUUUAACUUCCUGAACCCCAAUGACCCAUACCAUGCCUACUACCGCCACAAGGUCAACGAGUUCAAAGAGGGCAAAGGUCAGGAGCCAUCGGCCGCCGUGCCUAAGGUCAUGCAGCAGCAGUCCUUGCAGCAGGCGCAGCAGCAGCUCCCGCAGAAGGUCCAGGCGCAGGUCAUCCAUGAGACGGUCGUCCCCAAGGAGCCUCCGCCCGAGUUCGAGUUCAUGGCCGACCCGCCCUCCAUCUCGGCCUUCGACCUGGACGUGGUAAAGCUGACGGCUCAGUUCGUGGCGCGUAACGGCCGCCAGUUCCUCACGCAGCUCAUGCAGAAGGAGCAGAGGAACUACCAGUUCGACUUCCUGCGUCCUCAGCACAGCCUCUUCAACUACUUCACCAAACUGGUGGAGCAGUACACCAAGAUUCUGAUCCCCCCGAAAGGACUGCUGCAGAAACUGAAGCGGGAGGCGGAGAAUCCCCGCGAGGUCCUGGAUCAGGUGAGGUACAGAGUGGAGUGGGCCAAGUACCAGGAGCGAGAGAGGAGGAAAGAGGAGGAGGAGCGAGAGAAAGAGCGUGUGGCGUACGCUCAGAUCGACUGGCAUGACUUCGUUGUCGUGGAGACGGUCGAUUUCCAGCCCAACGAGCAAGGGAACUUCCCUCCCCCCACCACUCCUGAGGAACUGGGAGCUCGAAUCCUGAUCCAGGAGCGCUAUGAGAAGUACGGAGAGAGUGAGGAGGUGGAGAUGGAGGUGGAGAGCGAGGACGAGGAGGACGAGCGAGAGAACAGAAACGAAGGACACGCAACUCAGCUGGAUCAGGACACGCAGCUGCAGGACAUGGACGAGGGUUCAGAUGAAGAUGAGGAUUCGAUGAAGGCUCCACUUCCUCCUGAAAACCCUAUGCCUCCUCCUCUGCCUCCAACUCCAGACCAGGUCAUCAUCCGCAAAGACUACGACCCCAAGGCCUCUAAGCCUCAGGCUGUGAUGCCUCCCGGUGACGAGUUCCUCAUCUCCCCGAUCACGGGUGAGAGGAUCCCGGCCAGUAAGAUGCAGGAGCACAUGCGUAUCGGGCUGCUGGACCCGCGCUGGCUGGAGCAGCGAGACCGCAACCUCAGAGAACGACAGAUCGAAGAGGAGGUGUACGCUCCCGGCCUGGACAUCGAGAGCAGCCUGAAGCAGCUGGCCGAGAGAAGAACGGAUAUCUUCGGUGUGGAAGAAACCGCCAUCGGGAAAAAGAUCGGAGAGGAGGAGAUCCAGAAACCCGAGGAGAAGGUGACGUGGGACGGUCACUCGGGCAGCAUGGCGCGUACGCAGCAGGCCGCUCAGGCCAACAUCACGCUGCAGGAGCAGAUCGAAGCCAUCCACAAAGCUAAAGGCCUAGUGCAGGAGGACGAGAACAAGGACAAGAUCGGACCCAGCAAACCCAAUGAGACCGGGUUGCCACCACUGCCCACCUCCGUGCCCACCAUGCCCAAGCCCAGCCCACCCAUCACCACCGCUCCCAGAAUGCCACCUGCAAAAAUGUUGGAAGUCAGUGGAUGUGUGUCGUGGCAGGUUCCUCCUCCUCUGCGCACCACCUUGCUUUCCGCCAUGCCCGUUAUCCCGAGGCCCCCCAUGGCCCCCGUGGUGCGCUUGACCCCCGGUCAGGUUCUGACCCCAAUGCCUCCCAUGGUGCACGCUCCUCGCAUCAACGUGGUGCAGAUGCCCCCGACCACACCCCACAUCAUGGCUCCUCGACCUCCACCCAUGGUGGUGCCUGCAGCGUUCGUACCUGCCCCUCCAGUGCCCCAGCCACCCAGUUCUGCCCCCGCCCCCAUGCCGCCCACCCACCCUCCUACCCCACACGAUGACGAGCCGGUGAACAAGAAGAUGAAGACUGAGGACAACCUGAUCCAGGAGGACGAGUUCCUGCGCAGAAACAAGGGUCCCGUGGCGGUCAAGGUUCAGGUUCCCAACAUGCAGGACAAGACCGAAUGGAAGCUGAACGGACAAGUGCUGAGCUUCACCCUGCCUCUCACAGACCAGGUGUCUGUGAUAAAGGUUAAGAUCCACGAAGCCACCGGGAUGCCGGCCGGCAAACAGAAACUUCAGUACGAGGGAAUCUUCAUUAAGGACUCCAACUCUCUGGCGUAUUACAACAUGAACAACGGAUCUGUUAUUCAUCUGGCACUGAAGGAGAGAGGAGGGAGGAAGAAGUAGAUCAUCUCUGUGUGUGUGCGUGUGUGCGCGUGUUAGUGAUGCAGUUGUAAAUGAGCGUGUUAAUUAAUUAUGCAGCUCAGAAUAAAUCACUGCAGUGUAGAAUAUGAAUAUCUCCUUCCACAGCUGGAAACUCUCCUGAUGUGAUGUUUGAUCAGUUAUAUUAAAUAAGUUUAGUUGGAUCUUAUGUUUUUUUUUGUUUGUUUUUUUUUUUUUUAAUCUAAUACAUCAGCUAGGUGUCGAAUCGGGUGCUCUUUAAGUAAACUCGUUAAUAUCUGAACGAUCUACUGAGCAGAACCAGGCAAUGAAACGGUCUGAUGUUGUUUGAGCUGUGUUCUCCAAUCUGAUUGGUCAGAAGGUGUUGAUUAAUUUCCCAUAAACAUGCAGCUGCAAAAGACAGCUCUGUAUUACUGCGCCUGUUUUAAUUCUUUACCGUUUCUAUAGUAACGGCUCAUUCACAGGGACUUGUACGGCUGAUGCUCCAGUGAUAAUGAGCAGAUUAAAAAUGUGUGUAAUCGUCAAUUUGGUGAAGUCUUAACGUUUAUGGAAGGAGUCUCCAGUGUCAUCAAAUGUAACCAGAU